UUGAACUGUCAGGUCGAGUGGGCGGUGUCGUGUCGCUUAUUAAUUAGCUUCAUUCGCAAAUUUAUUGUUUCGUGUUCAGACACCAGUAGAUGGAAGCCCCUUAAGAGUAAAGAGGAUAAAAAAGGAAACUGCUACUUACUGUAACAGAUAAUACCAUGGAGCAAAUAUGUGUGAACAUUAAGGAAGAGGACUGUGGAUGGGAAUCUAUGCAGCAUCAGAGUGCCAAAAUUAAGGAGGGAGGUUGUGAGUUGGUGGCAAUCGAUAUUAAAGAAGAAUCUCCUCCAAUAUCUGAUAGCACUGACAUGCAGAAAACUGAAAUUGUAAAUAGUGUCAAGGAAGAAGAUAUUAAAUUGGAAUUCGUCCCUCAGCAUCUGUGUCCACAUGAAGAUGUGCCUGGAUUAGGCCACAGACCAAAUCAUUCAGUCCAUGUAAAAUUGGAAUCUUUGGAGUCUGACGUGAAGAGGACCGUGGAAUCGUCAUUUCUAAGUCUUCCAAGUGAAGAUUUAAAAGAGAUUUGCAGCUUUGCUCCAUCUUCAUUACCUCAGACAUCACUGCAGCACAGACCACGACAAACAAAAAAAAAUGGAAAUCUGAAAACAUCUGGGUUAGAGAAUUUGACUUCAGCCAGAUUGCACUGUAGUCCUCUGCCUGUUGUGAAACUAACAAGGAUAGAUGAUAUAAACACUCAACAGCAAAUGUACAAGACAAAUUCAUCUGCUUCCUCAGUCUUCCAAGAGCAGAAGAAAAGGUUUAAACAGAAACUGAAAUGCAAUGAUGACAAGUGCAGUCAAGCUGAAAAGAAGACAUACAGCUGUUCUGAAUGUGGCAAGCAAUUCUUGUGGCGUAGUCAUCUUCAGGUUCACACUAGAAUUCAUACUGGAGAGAAGCCAUAUAACUGUACUGAAUGUGGCAAACAAUUCCUACGAAGCAGGUAUCUUUUGACCCACACCAGAAUUCACACUGGAGAGAAGCCAUAUUGCUGUUCUGAAUGUGGCAAACGAUUUUUACAAAUGAACACUCUUCAGGCUCACACAAGAAUUCAUACUGGAGAGAAGCCACAUUGCUGUUUGGAAUGUGGAAAGCGAUUCUUACAAAUUAACCAUCUUAAGAUCCAUGCAAGAAUUCAUACUGGAGAGAAGCUGUGUUGCUGUUCUGAAUGUGGCAAACAAUUUGUUAACCGCAGUAAACUUCAGUUGCACAAAAGAUUUCACACUGGUGAGAAACCAUAUUGCUGUUCUGAAUGUGGCAAACAAUUCCUGCAUAGCAGAAAUCUACAGACUCACAUGAGAAUUCAUACUGGAGAGAAGCCAUAUUGUUGUUCUCAGUGUGGAAAACAAUUCACCACCAGUGGUAGUCUCCAGAAGCACACUAGAAUUCAUACUGGUGAGAAGCUGUACUAUUGUUCUGAAUGUGGAAAACGAUUUGUUAACAGUGGCACCCUUCAGACUCAUAGAAGAAUUCAUACUGGAGAGAAGCCGUAUUGCUGUUCUGAGUGUGGUAAACAAUUCUCCACGAAUAGUCAACUUAAGACACACACAAGAAUUCACACUGGAGAAAAACCAUAUUGCUGUUCUGAAUGUGGAAAGCGAUUUUCAUCCAAUAGUUAUCUUCAGAAACAUACCACAAUAUGCAGUAUGAGAUCUGAUAGAGAUGGAUCAAAAAAAAUGUAAUUUUUCCAUUUGUUUUUGGUUCAAAAGCAUUUAUCAAAAUAGCUUUUUGGCCCAUCAUGAUUUCUUGCUAAAUAUCAUCAUCUCCUGUGAGCUACAAAUACAGAGACAUUUUUAGGAGGAAUACCAGUAUUACGUAGAUCUGGCUUGGGAUAUUUAGGAUAAUACAAAGUGCGUAAAGUGUCAUGAGUAAUGAGUGAAGUUCACUCCUGUCAUGAUGCACCCAAAAACAAAAAAGGUUAGUGAAACCAUGUCAAUUCUGUAAUUUCAGACAAAAUCUAAAAGUAGCUGGAUCACAACUUCAUCUCAGUCAUGAUGCAAUAUUGACAAAUAAUUCAGUAGCUUCAGAGAAUUUUGAUCCCAUACUUAAAUUUGAAAAGGAAUAUUCUGGGGCAAAACUCUGAUCACUUCUCUUCUGCCUAGCAAGACUCAAGAAUUUAACAUCAAGUACUGAAAAAGAAACAACCUCACCAGCACACAGACACUCGCCUGUUAUUUGUGGAUCUUCCAAUACUGUGCAGCUCCAGUGAUGAUAUUUAGAAAAGAAACAACUUCUGAAAUAUUUACCUAAAUUGAGAUGGAAAACCAUUUAAGGAAAAAAAAAAAGGUUAGUAUCCCAGUCUUAACCCCAAUCACAAUGCACUUUGCAGAGAAAACAAAAUUUCAACAUAGCCUUCUUGUCAUAUUCCAGAUUGAUUCAAUAAAUACAGUUUGGACAACUG